AUGUUUGUGUUGCAGAAAUACAAGGAGUUUGAGCGUGCGGUGCGGGUGGAGGAGAUCAACGGGCUGCAGCUGGUGAAGAAGCUGGCCGAAGACAUGGAAGAGAUGUUUGACAAGAAAGCCCAGGCCAUGAAGAGGCUGGUGGAUGCAGCAGAGGAAGCCCACCUCCAACACGAAGAGGACCCUGACCUCCAGUACGAGUACUUCAACGCGGUGCUCAUCAACGAGGUGGACAAGGAGAACAACAGUGUUGAGCUGGGGGGGCGCUUUCUGCUGCAGUCCAACGACCACUUCAACCACCUGCCCGUCAACCUCAGCCUCAGUGUGGUGCAGGUGCCCACCAACAUGUACAACAAGGACUCAGCAAUAGUCAACGGAGUGUAUUGGUCGGAGGCCUUAAACAAAGUGUUUGUGGAUAACUUUGAGAAGGACCCAUCGCUCAUAUGGCAGUACUUUGGCAGUGCCAAAGGCUUCUUCAGACAAUACCCAGGGAUCAAAUGGAAGCCCGACGAGCACGGGGUGAUCGCGUUCGACUGUCGCAACCGGAAGUGGUACAUCCAGGCAGCCACCUCCCCAAAGAACGUGGUUAUCCUGGUGGACGUCAGCGGCAGCAUGAAGGGGCUGAGGCUGACCAUCGCCCGGCAGACCGUCUCAUCCAUCCUGGACACGCUGGGCGACGACGACUUCUUCAACAUCAUCGCAUAUAAUGAAGAGCUGCAUUACGUGGAGAAAUGUCUGAAUGGAACUCUGGUCCAAGCAGACGUCACCAACAAGGACUACUUCCGAUUGCGUCUGGACAAACUGUUCGCUAAAGGCAUCGGCAUGCUGGACGUCGCUCUGACCGAAGCCUUUAACCUCCUCACUGAUUUCAACCAGACGGGGCGAGGCAGUGAGUGCAGCCAGGCCAUCAUGCUGGUGACGGACGGGGCGGUGGACACCUACGACGCCGUCUUCGCCAAGUACAACUGGCCUGACCGCAAGUGUCUCUCUGUCUGUUUCUCUCUAUCUCUAUCUCUCUCUCUUUCUAUUUUUCGAUCCAUCUAUCUUUCUCAUCUUAUCCGUAUGCCUGUCUGUCCGUCCAUAUGUAUGGACUCUUAUCUGUCUGUCCAUGUGUCUGGUCUCUAUCCGUCUGUCCGUCCGCCCCCCUCUCCAGGGUACUUCACCCAGAUCUCCACCCUGGCGGACGUGCAGGAGAACGUGAUGGAGUACCUCCACGUGCUGAGCCGCCCCAAGGUGAUAGACCAGGAACACGACACGGUGUGGACAGAGGCCUACAUCGAUAACACUCUCCCACAGGCACAGAAGAUGGAGGAUGGUCGGGACCCAGUGCUGAUGACCACCGUGGCGAUGCCAGUCUUCAGUACCAAGAACGAAACGAAAAACCGAGGCAUUCUGCUGGGAGUGGUAGGAACCGAUGUGCCUGUGUCAGAGCUUCUAAAGACCAUCCCCAAAUAUAAGUUGGGCAUCCACGGCUAUGCGUUUGCAAUCACCAACAACGGCUACAUCCUCACCCACCCGGACCUGCGACCCCUUUACGGCGACGGUAAGAAGCGCGGGGGGAGGAAGCCCAGCUACAGCAGCGUGGAUCUGUCCGAGGUGGAGUGGGAGGACCGGGACGACGCGCUGAGGAACGCUAUGGUCAACCGGAAGACAGGGAUAUUUUCCAUGGAGGUGAAGAAGACAGUCGACAAAGGGAAACGUGUUCUUGUUCUGCACAAUGAUUACUACUACACGGACAUUAAAGGCACACCUUUCAGCCUAGGGGUAGCCCUUUCAAGAGGUCAUGGUAAAUUCUUCUUCAGAGGGAAUGUCACAGUUGAGGAAGGUCUUCAUGACUUGGAGCACCCUGAUGUAGAGCUGGCCGACGAGUGGACCUACUGUAACACAGACGAGUAUCCUGAGCACCGCUACCUCUCCCAGAUAGAAGCCAUCAAACUGUACCUGAGUGGCCAUGAGCCUCUGCUGCAAUGCGACAAGGAGCUGAUUCAGGAGGUCCUGUUUGACGCCGUGGUUACCGCUCCGUUAGAGGCCUACUGGACUAGCCUGGUGCUCAACAAGUCAGAGAACUCUGAUAAGGGUGUGGAGAUAGCCUAUCUUGGCUCAAGGACUGGCCUCUCCAGGAUCAACCUCUUUGUGGUGCCUGACGAACUCACCAACCAAGACUUCCUGACUGCCGAGGACAAGGAGGGGGUGUUCAACGCUGACCACUUCCCCCUGUGGUACAAGAGAGCUGCAGAGCAGGUUCCGGGAACCUUUGUCUACUCUCUUCCGUUCAACUCUGGAUCAGAGAACAGGAGUGUGGUGUUGGCCAGCACUGCCAUUCAACUCUUGGAUGAGAGGAGGUCACCCAUUGCAGCUGCUGUGGGCAUCCAGAUGAAGCUGGACUUCUUUAAGAAGAAGUUCUGGACGGCCAGUAGACAGUGUGCGGCUCUGGACGGGAAGUGUUCCAUCAACUGCGAUGAUGAGAACAUCAACUGCUACCUGAUCGACAACAACGGCUUUGUGCUGGUGGCCGAGGACUACACACUGGUGAGCUCCACGUGCCUGUUACCCACCAGGGGAGUCCGGCUGAGCACAAGUGACACACGGGCUACAAUCACUUAGCUGCUACUCAUCAUAAUGAUGCUGUAACGAAUGCCACGUGCUGGACGGGUUUUGAUCCGCAACAUCUGGAAAUCAGAGCCCUUAUAAUGUCA